AUGCUUCCCAGGAUGGGUAAACAGUUUCUGGUCCGGAUACGUUUCAACUGGCGACUGCUUUUCCAAGGCCGGGCCCUCCUGUUCACAAACACCCUGAGCGGAGGAGUAUUAAUGUCGCUGGGAGAUAUCUUGGAGCAGAGUUGGCAGAACUUCAGAAAGUCACACAGAGUCCAAGACUGGAGGAGGACAGGCAACAUGUUUAUGGUGGGCUGCUCCCUGGGUCCACCGAUGUACUGCUGGUACACCUGGCUGGACAAAGUGUUCGUGGGCAAAGCUCUGAAAACAGUUGGCAAGAAGGUUCUGGCAGACCAGCUGGUCGGCACACCAUUUUUGGGGAUAUGGUAUUUUUCAGGGCAUUUGUCAUAA